AUGGCUGAAAUCGGUGUUUCAGUGUCAGAAAUAAUUGAAGUUCGAGGCUCUGGUUUUAACGUUGAUGAAUUAUUGGCAUUAAUAUUAAUUGGCUGUGAACAAUUAUCAAAAACACCGACAGGCGUCUUCACAGCUGAUCAUAUUAUUAUUUAUAGUGAUGGGAGUUUAAGGGUUAAUGGAUUUAUCUUUAUGAUCUUUUUUUUAAUGGGAUUACCGCUUGAAGAUAUAAAGACGGCCGCACCUAGUGAAGUCGAUGAACAGUUUGUACCACCGGAAAUACUUGAAGGGAACACUACAGUCGAUGCAGCCGCAGUUCAUGUAUUUUGCUUGGGACAAGUAGUGAAAUUCGCGGGUGGUGAUGAAGUUGAAAAUGCUGAUGUUUUCUCUCUUGUUAAUAUAAUGACUGUGGAACAUAUUGCCACUCGUCCAUCGCCCACCAGAUUAGCUCAGAUGGCUAAAAAUCGUCUUAAUAUACAAAAUCCCAAAGCUCUUCUGGCUGAAAUGUUUGUACUUGUAAUGGGGGAUGAAGAUGAAGAUAUUGAUGACGUUAGUUUCUUAGUAGUUUACUUUCAAUUUUCGAAAACAAUUUUAAAUACUUUUAUUUUUUUCCGAGUGGCUAUUGGAGAUCUCAACUGGUGUCCUUAA